GCGCUUUGACCAGGGGGCGGUGUUUUGAAACAAACCACCCCACCGGCUUCCAUACCUUUACAUUCGUGUGUUCACGUCACGCUCGCGCGUUCUUAAAUGUGUGCCAUCCGUCCGGAGCGGCUCGGUUCCCCCGCCAGCAGCUACAUGUCAAACCUUUGGCAAAGUGUGCGCGCCGCCCUGCGCCACGCGGUGCUGAUGGGUGGACCGAGCGCAGCAGAGCGAUAGGGCGCAUUUCUUAAUUUCCCCUUUCAACGCCGCGUCCCCCCCAACCCAACCAACCAACCAACCGAACCCCCCCUUCCACCCUCCAGCCCUGGACACACGACGAGACCGCGGGACCGCUGUGCUUCCCGUUCACACACGAGGAUCGAUCCAAUGUAUUAUUUACGACCGAAACUUCAGCAACUUGUCCACUGGAUAUGGCUCCCGGUCUGAGGAGUGGGCGGCGGAUAGGUCACCCCAAAGUAGUGGUGGGAGCCGGCGAGCCCGGCGGGUGCCCGCCGCGGAGGACGGAUGCCGGAGGAGAGGGGAGGUGUUCGAGGACCAGGUGGAGAGCCGGAGCGGCGGGGAUGCUCCCGAACUGUCUACUGUCUGCGGGGAUGCUUUUACUUCUUGUCCGGUGCGCUUUAGCCGCAGAGGAGAAACCCACCUAUGAUGCCUCCGGCUCCUCGUCUUUGCAAAGCGACCCCACAGUCACAGCUGCUCCUGCUCAUCCAUUGGCUGACCUGUCAGUGGCGGAGGAGGUGCCUUUCUCAGUCGUCCAUCCGGAUGGUGACUCAGAGUCUGAAGGGGAGGGUUUGUCGGGGCAGCCGGCCUUUUCUUCUGUCUUAACUGUCAUGGCAGGAACUGUCAAACAUCCGGUGAGCCUUGAUCAAAGUCGAACCUUGCCAACUAUCACCAGGGACGUGACCCACACCACCCAAUGGCCUUCACAUAGUUCCAGCCAGGGCUCAGAGAUGUCCUCCUCCUCAUCGUCGUCUGCGGGGGAUAGGAUCCUCCCUGCCAGCUCAGGUCUGACAUCCACCACAUCUGAACCAUCACAUGUGUCCUUUUUGGAUGGAAACAGGAAUGUCUCAUUGUUUCCAACACUGACAAUAUCAUCUUCUUCAUUAUCAUCAUCAUCAGUGUCUACUUCAGCUCCAUCCACCUCCUCUUUGUUAUCGCCUUUAGUGUCUCUAUUGUCUCUACCACCUUCUGCUGGGUGGACAACCAAGGCUGCUUCUCCACCUCAAAGUCAAAGGAUUGCAUCCAGUCCUGUCCCUCAGACUGAAACAGUAACAUUAUCACCAGCAGGGUCUCGGGGCCGGCCCGACAGUUUAACAAGCACUCGUUCAGCUGUAACAGCUGUUACACCAGGACUGAAAAGCACAACAACCGACUUUUCAAGCGAAACCAGCAUCGAAAAGGGCAGUGAAGUGACAAAACACUCAUUUUACACACCAGCGGAUAAAAUCCAUGGAGUUAGUGGCAUAUACAUCAGGAGUGCGAGCACAAAAGCAAUUAAGACACCAGCAACCAGCACACAUGCAUCAUAUUCUCCUCCUAGCCAUCUUUUAGACAUUUUACAUGGACCCACUGGAACUUGGAACAUAGGUAUGGACUCUAAAUUGGCCAAUAAUCUUGAAAUUAGCACCUCAUCUCCCACCAAUCAAGAGAGUCAAGCUGUUCAGAGGCAGCAGGGAGCUUUACAAAAUCCCACAUCGGCACUGCUGUCUGCGCCUCCUAAAAUCUAUUCACUUUCCAGUCAUGUCACACAGCAGAUGUUAAGUCAAACAGCAUAUGUGGAUAGUCAGACUUUUGUUCACAAAAGCGCUAGAGAUGCAAUCAUGUCGCCUCUCAAUUCAAAUGUUGUAAAUCCAACGAUAUCACCAGCAAUGACGCUGAGACCCGGCGGAUCAUUUUUUACAGUUUCCUCCCAGACUCCGCCAGGUAAAAUGUCUCUCUCCGAAAGUGCAAUCAGUGAGCUAACACCUAUCCGCUCUGGCACGGCGUCCUCUGAGCAUGCAUCUAAUCCUGGUGAUUUACUGAUGGCAGCGGGUCACGGCAGCCCCAGAGUUCCUGCCAUCAAUAUAAAUUACAACCAGGGAGAGAUAGCAGAAGCAGAGCUCAAAACUAUUUCCGCUCAAGCUCACCUGAAUAACUCACUUUCGCUCCUGCAGCCGAGGCCAGAGUCAACCGCCGGUUCCAUCUCCAGAACAGGCACAAUUACCUCCUCCACAUCAGAAUCAGACUCACUGCGUUUGCCAAGUAAUGGAGUCAUAAAAGUUAAAGAAAUUCUAACACAAGCAGGGUCCCCUGAGGUCGUCGCUCAGGAGCCCACGGGAUGGUUGACUGCAAAAAUGAUAUUUCCAUCAAACAGUAGGACAGCAUCUCAUUCUGGUUCAGUGUUACCAGUUGGGUUAACAAAGCAUAUAACCCAUGAAACCACUCGGCCAACGUACUUAUCACCCUUAUCUCUCAGCGCAAACCACAAGAACACUCAUCAUGACAUGGACCUGUCAGCUAGUAGUGAGGUUAAUUUUUCAGAUCAAGCCAAAGCAUCGUUAUCGAUGCAAACAACCUCCUCAAAAAGCCCCUUUCAAACACAAUCCUUACUUACAUAUCCCCAAAACGUUUAUACAGCAUCUCACCAGACAGGGUCCUCCACCAAAAUCUCUGCUCACAUCAUAAAAUCUGAUAGAGCUGGCUAUAGCACACCUUCCACUAUUGAGGUGGGAACAGUUGCAGGAAGCAGUAAAACAUCACCAGCCUCUGAUUUUCCAGUGACACAUGGAAAAAGCCCUGCUGAGAGCUUCCACGGAAAUACUGCAAAGACUUCAGUUUCUCCUUUAUUUGAUCAGUUGACUCUAAUAAGCGACACUGCGUUUAACAAGAAGGGUGUUCCAUCAGUGCAGUUCACAACACAGUUUCCAUCUUUUAUGGCAACAGAGGGUUUCUUUGUGGUGACUAAAGGCUCUAGCGAAGGGUCUCCCACUGAAAACCCUUUUUCUCCACUACCUUUUGAUGCUGCAUCGGAAAGUCUUAAAGGUCUUUCUCGCAAAGAUGCUGCGACACUCGUGGGCGAGUCUCCUCCAUCUUCCUGGCUUGACAUCAUCCUCACACCGAGGACAAACUCUGCCUCUCACUCUCAGGGAUCCAUCACUAGCGCGAGAGGCCAUAAAUCAAAUUUUUAUUCAGGCAGACGAACAGCCAUUCCUUCCACUGCUUCCUCUGCUGCCACUAUGUCCUCAAGUGAUGGACGAAACAGCAGUGAAACAAUCAGGGCUAUUUUCAGCUUUGGCACAAAAAUAAUGGCACCGUAUACAAAGUGGAAAACCACCAAGCCACCAGUGCCUUUUCAAAGCGCUGCCUCCGAAUUAGAAAACACAUCUACUGCUUUUGAUAGGGCGAAAUCUAAUUUACAAGCAGAUGGACCAUCACAUGAACACCCGAAGCUGGAAGGCGGACAAGAGCGUAAUGUGCAUAGAUUGAAUUUGACCGAUCCAACUGCAGUCGCCAGUGAUCCGUAUUCAGAUGGAGAGCAUCCCUCGUUUCAAUAUGUUAAAGGCACAUCAGGAUAUAAAGAGCAGAGUGUGAAUUUGUUCCCAGCUCAUCUCAGAUCUGCUCCUGCACAGCGAGGAGCAACUGUAAACACUGCUGCACCAUCAGGUUCAGAUGGCUUUCUGCCCCUCUCUCACAUAACUACUGCCUCUGUACCAGCUUCACAAGCUUCUUCUCUUGCGUUUUUGUAUGAGAGCGGACACAGCCCCCCGCUGGCAGAUGUUGACUCUCUUGACUCUGCAUUUGAUGCCGCUCUCACAAACAACCCCCCGCUCGAUUUCUCCGAAACUAUCAAUAAGACGAAUGAUUGGAAACUGAGUGAGUUAACUCUGCCAACAGAGCUGGUGCCACCAUCGUCUUCUGGGAGUUCGUCACUGUCACACAGCGGUAUCAAAGCCUCCUUACAUGUGGAACCCUUCAUUUCAGUGUCUUCAUCAUUACUGUCAUCAUUGACAUCACAUCCUGGUACAGUGUUGUUCAUUAAACCAUCCAUGCACCCAGGCACUGCAUCCCCAUCCAUGUCUGUACCCGUCACAUCUCCAUCCCCAUCACCAAGUCCCACCUUGACUGAGACGUUUGUCGCCCCUACAGAGACGGGGAUGGAUGAGUUAGCAGCUGGAACAUCGCGAGUAGAUGCGCUCACUCUCCCCAAAGAAAAAGUGGUCAGUCUAGCCCCCUCUCAGUCAGUCAGAAUUACCCUUUCUGCCGGGCCCACCGAGAGGACAUCUCAGGUAUCACCUCUGCCCCCGCGACAGGACACCACAACAGCCUCCAUCACGCUUACCACCACAACUGUAGCUACCAACACCAGAACUAAAAGCCCCACCACUACCACGCCUUCCUUCAGAGUCACCACCGGAACCAUGCAGUCUACCACCACCACCACCACACCACAACCCCCAACUGUGACCAGGAGGACGACGACCACCACAACCAUCAGGACUCAAACCAGCAGGAGAACGUUCACGCCGCCCGUCCCCCGAACGAGUCCUCCCAGGGGGGCCACCGCCGUCUUUCUUUCCCCCUUUACCACCACCACAGAGGCUCCGCCGCAGCAGUGCAACAUCACAGAGAGACUGUGGGUGAAAACAGUUGUUUCCAUCUAUGUGAGAAGAAACAGGCUGGACAGCAUUCAAAGGCAGAACCUGCGAAGGGGACUAAGUCAGGGCCUCCGAAAAGCUCUGAAUGAUAGUUCAGCCCAGGCUCAGGUGGAGACAGUAUUUGGUUCUCCCAACAUGACAGUGGCUUAUCACGUGACCGGAGGGGACAUUGUUUACCCUCCCUCAGUAGUGCAGGAAGGCUUGGACUCUUAUGGCCGCGAUAAGCUGAUUGCAGACCUGCGACAGUACCUCCCCAUGGUAACGGCCCUGCCCCUCCCAGUUGCAUUAUGGAGAUCCAGCCCAGCCACUGGCUUCCAGCUGAAAACAGUGCUGCAGUUUGUGGGAGCAGGUGAUGAUCCUCGGUCCUGUCGGUUCUCCCAAAUGAUGGAACAAAGGCUCGAGAAGGUGUUCUCUGAAGCGCAGGCCAAAGUGCUGAACACCAACAGCAGACUCUCUGUUCAGAUGCUGAGUGUCUCUCAGGCAGCAGCCUCUCCUGCUGUGUCGUUGGUCUACACUGUGAGGAAUGGGACUGUCUUCCUUAAUGGCACCACUGCCUCAAACCUCCUUGGUCAGCUGUCAGCUGAGCUGGUGGGCUACUUCCUCUUCUAUCCACCACUUAUCAUUGCUGAGCCGAUGGAGUACCACAAUCUGAACACCUCCGUUGCUACCAGAGACUUCUGGGUCAUUACAGUGAUCCAGGACGUAGACAACGCCAGCCUAGAGGGACAGUACCAAAGCUUCGCCAGCCUAAUGGAACAGCGGCUGGCAGAGCUGUUUGUGUUGGCAGGGCAGCAGGGCACUCGCUUCAGACGAGCCACCGCUGUAGGCAGCUUCACUGUCCAGAUGGUGAGCAUCCGUCGGGUGUCCGGUUCAAAGAACCCAGCAGAGAUGACCUACUACGUCCAGCACAAUGGCAUUCCUCUAUCGGGCACGUCAGCUGCCAAAGUGCUGAACACAGUGGACUCGCAGACCAUGGCGCUCACCCUGGGCUACUUUGUCCAACUGCAAGCAGAACCUGUGGUCAAGAACCCUCCGAAUAACCUUUGGAUAAUUGCUGCAGUAUUGGCCCCCAUCGCUGUGGUAACACUCAUUAUCAUCAUCAUCACAGCCGUUCUGUGCAGGAAGAAUAAAAAUGACUUUAAAGCCGACGCCAUCGGCAAUCUCAAUCCCCGAGCUAAGCUCAAAGGUCGACUUCCGGAAACACCCAGAACUCAGCAAAAUACUCAGAAAAUACAGGCAGAGGGCAGAGUGUCUGCAGAUAGGCACCACCACACACUUCAAAUGGCGUAUCGGAGAGACGUGGGCUAUUAUCACCAGCCAGUCCAGGGUUUUGACUAUGCCAAGCAGCACCUGGGCCAACAGGGAGGGGAUGAGGAGACCCUGCCUGCCAGUCAGGAUACUUUAGUGAUGUCACUACAAAUUCGGGACACGCCGCAUUCACUGGAAAAAGCCCUGCAACAGGACGGAACUGCCAACAAGAGAAGCCUCACGAGUGACAAACACAAAAGCAAGUUGCCGAGUGAGGACGGUUCCGUCAUCAGCAACGAAUCAGAGAAGCCCAAUUCCGGCAGGGGCUUGACGGUGCUGAAAGUCACAGCGCAGCAGAAACUGACAAAGGAGGAGACGCGGAAGAGGGACGAUCCAUAUGACACCUCCUCUGGCUCCCUGCAGCUCAUCUCCAUAAAGCCCGUGGUGGCUCAGCCCAACUACUCACACCCUGCAUCCUCUGACCGCAGCCAGGACUCCGCCAUCGUCAACGGAGAGGUGAACUUGGCUCUGAAGCAGAAGUCUGACAUCGAGCACUACAGGAACAAGCUGAGGCUGAAGGCUAAGAGGAAGGGCUAUUAUGACUUCCCCUCCACUGACGGCAGCAGCAGCGGCCGGGCCGUGGCGCAGAGGCAGCGGCACGGCCAUGAGAGGGCAGCCGGUGAGCAUGGCAGACCUCUGGAGCCUGAUGAUGAGCGAGGUUCCACUUAUGUCAAGUCUCACAGGAGGCACUCCCAGGUAGGGCAGACGGCCUAUCGCAGCAGACAGAGUCUGAGCAGUCCUAGUCCUGGAGGAACAGAGAUGGAUCUGCUCGUUAUGAGGGAGAGACCCAGACGAGGCAUCCGCAACAGCGGCUAUGAUACUGAGCCUGAGUUGAUCGAAGAGACGAAUGUCGACCGUCUGAUGGGGCCGCGGGGAUACAUGUAUGGCCGGGGCUUGAAAGGCCACUCGGAGACGUCCACUCUGAGCUCACAGCCGUCCAUUGAUGAGGUGCGACAGCAGAUGCACCUGCUGCUGGAGGAGGCAUUCAGCCUGGCGUCAGGGGGUCAGUCCACAUCCGGAAGGCACUCCCAUCACCACCACCACCCGCCUCCUGACCACUACAGCCACGCGCCGCCUCCCCUCCCCUACGCAGACGUGGUGACCAGCGCCCCGGGUACGAUGAGCUGCGGAAGGGGAGGCCUGCAGUGGGUGCCGUCUUAUGGCGCAGAAGUGUAUCAGUGCAGCCUGCCCAAACCGGCCUUUCACUUCACCCAGCUCCCUGAGAUGGCUGUGGGCUCUCCUCCCCCUUUACCACCUCGCACUGGACCUCCUCCUGGGACCUCCUUAAGACGUUCCACUUCUGACUUGGGGCCUAAGGGAAGGAGCUCAGAGACAUCUGUCACUGAAAUGCAGAGUCAACACGACAACAACCCAUAUGGGCCAACUACUAGAGCAGCACUUCCAUCUAUCACUGCAGAGCAGCCUGUGUCCAACUACUCAGGAAACCCAAUAACAGCUGUCUAUGCCAUCCCAGCCACCAGGCCUGGUUACUCAGAAUACUUCGUGUCCACACCACCCACCUCCUACCACAGUCCGUCCUGGAUGUCUUAUCCACCUGAACCUGAGGAUGUGCCGCCACAGUGGGCAGACUCUUUGCCCCUGCCUGGGUAUGUCGAGGCUUUUCCUCAUCCUCGCUACCCACAAGGGAGCCCCACCAGGUUGCCCCUGCAGUAUAACCCGGCACUGGAGCAGCCGCCCACUGCCCCUAGCACAGCAUCCCAGCAAAGUCUGCCCCAGGUGGUGAAGGACAUGGACAGCAUGCCCCUGAGCAGCCUCUCCACCUCUGCACUCGUGCAGGCCAUCCGGCAGGAGGUGGCCAAGCUGGCGAAGAAGCAGAACGACGUGUUUGAGUUCUAGUUUUAAUUCUGCCCCCUUGUGUGCAGGAGAUUGUUAACUGUGGAUUGGAUCCUCGACUGAGGCACACAAAGGCAGUGCUCUUCAGACUGAUUUUUGAUGUUUGUACUGUAAAACGGACCGAUCUUCUUUACCCACUGAUAGAUUUUCGUUUCACCCGCCAUUGGUGGUUUGCAGCUCCUGACUUAAAGGAACACAAACAUUUUUCUUUUUGUUUUUUUUUUAAUAAAAAAACCCCAUCCUCUAAUGAUGAUGUCCCAAGUAAGUACACGCAUCUCUUCUUUGUAGAUAUGUCUAUAGGAUACGCUAAAUAUGGACUAUGUAAUCUUUUUCCACGAUUAGACAUUUUGUUGUGAAUCAGCAUCAAACUGAGAGGAGAGAAAAAGUAGAAUCAUCGUCUGUACUGAGAGGACUAAAUGCUUCCUGUCAGAUGGUUCAGUAUAAACCACAGUGUAUAUGAGCAUGUACAGUAUUAGGACAUCAUGUAUCUUGUCUCCUUUUUACAGACCAUUAGCUUUAACAAAAUGAGCUACAUCAACAUCAGGUAAUUCAAGCAUCCACACCAUAUCAACAAACCACAUCUCUUUUAACAAAGUUCAGGUUUAACACUGACUGUCCUUGGCUUACAGAUCAUUAUUACAGACAAAAAUUGUAGUUUCCAUUUAUUGAUAAAUUGACUAAUUACAGUACAAUCAAUACAUAUCUGCCUUUUUAGUUUAACCCAUUCAAUGUUAAUCUAAAAUGAGCAAUUUGAAAGACAUGGCCAGACUUGUGUAAAACAGGUCUUACCUAUACCACUUUGAACAGGAAAGACACAACAGUCCAAUAGCCCCUGUAAAACUUAGCUAACUUACGAAAUGUCAAAAAACUAGCAUUUGGAACUCAUCAACAGGGUCUUGGUUUGUCUUUUCAACUCUGGUUUGGUCGAAAUAAAUCCUCAAUUCGCAGAGAAAGAUGUGAAAACAUUCUGUCUUGUUGUGUCUUGUCGACCCAGGGUCCUAGUGUUGGUCAGAGCAGCUGUAAAUCACCUCCAUACUGUAUCCCCUGUUGACCUUUGUUGGUCUCAAAUACUGUUCAUUCUCAUGUCAGGCUGCCCAAUCCAGUUGAACUGGUCAGAUCAUCCUGUGAUCCAAGUCCUUGUCCAGACAACCUCUACAACAGCUUGCUAAUAGCUAAUGGUAGCAGGUUACACCUAAGGCUAGCAGAGAACAGCAGCUGUUGGUUACGCUGGUAAUAUGCUGUCACCCAUGUUUUUGGAGAUGCCUUCGAAUUCUGGCCAUAUUCUACAAAUUACACCUUUAAGCUGUAUCUGUUAUGAUGCAACAUAUUGGUUGACUUGUUUGCCUUGACAUACCUGAAACAGAGGGAAGCAUUUAUCCUUCACUGAUGAUGAUCAACUUGAAUGACUGAAUAUAUGAUCAUUAUAAUACUCUUUAUUAUAGCUGUUAAGUACUGAAACCACAAACUUUGACUUAACUUUAGUUUAGUUCUUUUCAAAAACUCACAUGGAAAAACAUUAAAGUGACUUCAUAUUUUGCAGGUGACGGGACAUAAAAGAGUUGUAGUUUUAUACUGAAAUCAGUGGUUAUAAGAUGCACAGAUGAUUUAAUGCACAUUCAACCCCCAAAACUUUGUCACAAAACAAUUAUUUGUGCCGCUGGGAGCAGUCCCACAAUUUCCUGUAAACUUAAACCAUAGAGAAGGUUAAUCAAUUAUUUGUUUACUGGCCUUAAGACAUCUUAAUGGUCUCAGUUGGUGCAUUUCAUGAGUAUAAACUAAUGACAGGUCUUACAUCAGUACUCCUGUUUUUUGAACUUGUAAGUGCACAAUCUGUGAUCUGUCUUUGUGUAACAUUGUGAAUGCCUGAGCAUCGACUCAGAGUGAGUGUGCAGUACAGUUCAGCACUUGUCAUUUUCCAAGCGCUGUAUCCCGGGAUCAUCCAGUCUGUUGUGGUGCAAAUGGCAUAUGUGCUGAGGUAGACAUUUACCUUUAAAAAAAUGUAAUUUCAUAAUCAGUAACUUUGAUUUGAUAAAUGGUUCUUCACGUAAUCAAUUGUCAUGAUAUUAAAAUCAUCCCGACAGUACAUGAGUGUAUGACAGAGCACCGUAAUGAGCUUCCACCGACCAAAGACGUCAUUAAAAAAAGAGUGGAUUAAACGAAAGACUAGAAACAUAAACAAAGGCAAAGACUCCUCCCGACUUCAUGUAGUUUACAAAGUAAAGACACAAGUGAAGAUGUUAAAAAAAGACAUUUGAUAGAUGGAAUAAAAAGAAACCUGCAUGCCUGAAUUAUUCCAGUAGCAACUCAAAGGAAAGACGCCAUCUUAAUUUGAAACAGACAGAGGCCACCAUACCAGGACAGUACACAAAGCAAAACUCUGAAUUACUCCAUUAUUCUCCUGUGAAACAAAAGUCAUUAAAUCAUUGCACAUGUUGAAAGCAGUUCAUCGUUUGCGGACAAACUCAUAUUUCACUGUGGCAUAAAAGCCGUUAGUAGGUUACGAUGAGACGUGGGGUUGCUCUGGGAUUGGAAAGCGGGGAUGAAUGCAUGUAGGCCUAUAGCAGUGGUGCUGCAAUAUAUUUGCAUUAACAUUCAGAUGCUAUAGCUUACCUACUUUUACUGUGUUAUUGCAAAAUCACACUGAAUGCUUUGCCGAUUUACUAUAAUCAACGCUGUCAUGAGGAAGAUGCCAGUUGUGAUGUGAGAAAGAGAACUUUUCAGUAAAAAUGCCUUUAAAUCCUUUAUUUCCUGUCAUGCUGUCGCAGCAGUCCUCGAUGAGUUCAGCCUUUUUGCGUUCUGACUUGUGAGCAAACCCCUCCCUCUCUUCUUUUAUACUCAUGCCUGUUGGUGUGUAAGUAGGUUUAAGGAAAUACUGUAUGUCUUAAACUCAACAAGAACUUGCUUGUUUUUUUUCCCCUAGAUUCCUUUUACCCAUUCUUCAGAGGAGCACUUAAUGUCUUAAGAACUGUACUAAAAGCAGUGGAACCAUUUUUUUGUGUAUACCAGAAGUGAACACCUUUCUAUACUCUCAUGCUGGAAAAAACUUAGUGUUUUAAAGUAAAAAAAGGGGUUUUAGGUGGUUUUAUUGGUUUAGACAAACGACAAGUAUUUAUUCUAUGAAAUGAAUGAAUAUGAAGUGAGCUGAAUCUAUGAAAAAUCAAUGUCUUUUUUGUCUUCCUGACAGGUUUUCUCAUUUCCUUUUCAUCUGCUUGAUCUUGUUAUAUUUGAUGUUCCUCAAAGAUUGAUCUGACAGAGACCUUGAGACAGAUGGAGAAUGAAAGAAAUAUUAGCCGACAUGAUUAAAAUCAAAUAAAAGAUUUUAUUAGAAGAAUAAA